AUGCCCAAACAAAAGAAGAAGCCUAAUAGACCUCCACUAGAGUUCAUUAAUGAGCCUUUUUCUAAGCCGAAAGGAGAGCUUGUGUAUAAAACAUGCUCAGAACUCUAUCCCGAAGUAAAGAGAGCACCUACUGACGAAGCUCACUUCUGGUGUGAACCAACUUUUAAAACGGUGAAAUUUGAAAAGAAAAAAACACUAACCAGGAGUUCUUCGAAUCCCCGAUAUGCCUUACCGGAGCUCGACUUUGUUGGGAAUCAGCCAGUUCAACCAGUGUUACCUGCUCUUAAAAAGCAAAAGUCUUGCCCAUUAUUUCCUUUAAAAUCUCCUGAAAGAGUCAAUCGAAAUUUCGUUGUAUUAGUCGAAGAGACACCAGAAAAUCAUAAUCGUAUGAGUAAAAAGUUAUAUGAAAAAUAACAGGUGAGUGGUUACUGAAACAUUCUUUUUCUUAGGUUGAAUGAUGAAGGUCUCUUUUCUCAUUAUAAUUGAACUGUCUUUAUUAUCAUUAUUAUUAUUUUCUCAUCGGGUCCCGAGUGGGAUGUAAAGCUACAACAGUACAUCUCCACUUUAUCCUAUUCUCUGCAGCCCUCUUUAGAUUGUCCCACAAUUGCAUAUAGUUUCUCAUCUCCCCUUCUAACGACCUCUUGUAUGUCAGCCUUAGACCUCCGUCCACUUCGUCGUUUCCUAUUCGGGUUCUAUUAAAUUAGUGGCCUGGUGUGCGAUUUCACUCGACGAUCUCCUCUCAGUGUGUCUGACCAUUCUACAUUUUUUUCGACAUAUUUGUUGAACAGUAGGUUCUUGGUGGGUUUUUUUGGGUACUUUGGAUUUUUCACAAUUUACCAAUUAGUCAUUAGUGCUUGCCUACCAGCCGGAUGGCCGUUCUGGCUUACUGAGGCGACUCAGAAGGGGU